AUGCAUUUAAGCAAAUAAUAACUUCUCAAUUAGUAAAUUCCAUCAUUUCAACAUGCAGAAGGAACAUGUCUUUGUGGUGUUUGCUUAUGUGGAAAUUGUUUAUGUAAACCAUAACCAAUUAAGCAGUCUUACUUUAAUAAAUUGAGUAGUGUUUAUGAAACUGAUUUCUAAUAAAGAUAUUCAGUUUUACCAAAAGCUAGACCAAUUAUAAUAGAAGAGCCUAAGAGAAGAAGAGCUUUUUCUUAAAAUUCAGUUUACGAUGAAGAUUUUACUCCAAAAUAAAUAUUUCAAGGUGAAAACUAUGAAAAAUCACAUUUACCAUAAUUAAGAAUACCUUUUGCAGGUUGUAAUUCAUAUGCCUUACAGUAUCCUAAUAAAUGUACAGACCCACCUUAAUAGCUUAGACCAGUAAACUAAAUCUAAUUACUUCCUGCUAAAAUGGAUAAUAUCUCUUAAUAUCAAAGAGAGUAUAAGUUACGAUAACAAUAAAGAGAAUAUGAAUUCUCAAAUUUCUCGAAAAUUAUGAAUAAAAGAUUGCAUAUUAAUAGUAAGGAUAAAUUAGUGUAUUCAAAUUCAAGUUACCAAGACUAAUUUAAGCCAAGAUAGUCUAUUGGAACAAUAAAGUUGCCUGCACAUUAAUCAAGUUUACCAUUUGGAAUCAGCAAUAUAGGAAUAAAUCCAUUCGUAAGUCAAUCAAAAUUUGAGUAUGCCACAAAAUUUUAGAGCUAAUGUGAAGCUAGCAAAAAAAUUCAAGAAAUUUGUAGUAAAACCUGA